AUGUUAGGAAAGUUAUUUGUAGGUCGUGGUUUGUCCAACUGGGAUGUUAUUCGAAGUCAGCCAGGUCGGAUCGGCGAUAAUUCACCGCUUACUCAAAGCUGCGAUCACUACGAUCAUUACAAGGAGGAUGUGCAAUUAAUCAAGAACCUUAAGGUGACCCAUUACAGACUGUCAAUUUGUUGGACUCGAAUUCUUCCAACAGGGCUAAUCGACAAUGUAAAUGAAAAAGGAGUCAAAUUUUACCGUAACUUGCUAGAGGAGCUCACAAGCAAUGGAAUCUCUCCAAUAGUUAGUUUAUAUUAUUUUUUGCACGCAUAUUAUUAG